AGGCAGGGAGAGGAGGACCCAAGAACAAGAACACCACCCCCUCCUUUUGCCAUCAGUCUCAAAGUAAGGGGAGCCCCCAAACGAAACAAAACCAAGCAGUGGAGCAGUAGGAGUUAUCAAAACCCCAAAGCAAGAAAACAAAAAAGCCUAGCCGAAAACAGCUCUGCAGAGAGAGAGAGAGAGAAAAAAACCAAGUGAGUGAGGAAGCAAUUAAUUCGUUCCUUGUUUUGUUUCUGUGGAGGGACGUUGGAGCAAGGGAGAACAAGAGGAGCGGAGGGAGGCCGGUCCUGGUGUAUUAGAGAGCAGGCAGCCGCAGCAACACCAAAGAAAGACGUCCCUAUCCUUCUCCUCUCUUCGUCCGUUACUACUACUAGCACUCGCCCUGACCCUGCUCCCCUCUCCUUUUUAAGGAGCCGCUCUCCUGUUCACCAGUCCUCCUCAUCCCUGCCAGUCGCGUCGUGUGUCUCGUGUGUGUGUGUGUGUGUGUGUGUGUGUGUGUGUGUGUGUGUUUGGGGGCGGGGGAGAGACCGAAAACCGAGCGAGAGUUGAAAGGAAAUGGCGGCUCGUGAGGCGAUGAACGGCGCCCUUCCUCCGCCUCCGGCGCCGGUUCAGGAGGAAGAGGAGCAGCAGCCGCAGCAGGGGCAGGGGCAGGGGCAGGGGAGGUCGUCGGGCAUCGUGAGGGGCCACUGGAGGCCCCACGAGGACGCCAAGCUGAGGGAGCUCGUCCGCGAGUUCGGCCCCCAGAACUGGAACCUCAUGGCCGAACAGAUCGAAAGCCGCUCAGGGAAGAGCUGCCGUCUUCGCUGGUUCAACCAGCUGGACCCGCGGAUCGAGCGUCGCGGGUUCACGGCGGAGGAGGAGGACCGGCUGAUGGCGAUGCACCGCGCCUGCGGCAACCGGUGGGCGUACCUGGCUCGCCACUUCCCGGGCCGCACCGACAACGCCGUCAAGAACCACUGGCACGUCCUCAACGCCCGCAGGGAGCGCCAGCAGUCCGGCAACCCCGUCCGCCGCCGCCGCAACAAGUCCUCCAGCAAGUCCUCUUCCUCCUCCAGUAGUACUUCCUCCGCCUCCUCCUCCGCCCGCCGCCACCAGCCCCCGCCGCCGCCCGUCUCGGCCGCUCCGCCGCCGCUCUACCACCCCCACCCCCACAGCUUUUCCGCCCCGCUCUACAGCGCCCAUGGCGGACACCCCUUGGGCGGCGCCGCCUACAGCAGCGGCGAGUCCUCCUCCUCGGCGUCCACCUGCACCACCGACUUCACCCUCUACGGCGGCAGCCACCGCAAAGGCUUGGACGUCAUGGCGCCUCCUCCUCCUCCGCAGCCGCAGCCGCUGCAGGCGUUCAAGCCAAGCGGGCGCUCCGCCUUCGUCGCCCCGCCGCCCAAGAAGCUGCUGCCGCGCCCGCGCGUGGAUCAGGAGCCCUCCAAGCAGGAGGAGGCCAACAAGCCCAAGCUUCCCUUCUUCGACUUCCUCGGCGUCGGGGACGUCUAAGUUAGGAGAAGGCCGAGGCCGGCCAAAGAUCAACUUCAUCGUCCCAACCGAUCCGGCCAAGGCUCUCAAUCUAGUUCAUAUAUAAAUAUUUAGAGUUAAGCAGCAGCAGCAGCGGCAGCGGCAGAGAGGUUAAUUAGAUUAAUGGCGAGCGAGCGAGCGAUUCGCUUAGGUUCUUUGGCUCCGGGAACUCAGUUUUGCUAGCUGCAGACUAUAUGCAUGUCUUUCGUUCGUCCGGAUGUUAAUUCUGCCAUGGCAACAUAAUCGGCUGCCUGUGUUUAUUUGUUUCUUCGUUCCGUCCAGCUGGGUUAAUAAUUAGACAAUGAACCGGUUCUUAAGUUUA